UUAUCCAUACGAGAGAGGUCUGUGCGUUUCGGCUGCACUCCUCUUACUAUAGGGCGAGGCGGAGCUCAUCUCAAAAGAGCGAACAGAAGCUGAUUCAUCCCAUCACUAAACAGAAACUGAAAAAGAGUUUUGUUUUAUAUGCAGAUUAAAGAUCAUCAUUAUGUCAUCGCACUGCGUAUAUUAGGCUACUUUCAGUUUAACUGGUGAAAACAGAAGAACUGCUUCACAGAAUCUGCAGUCAUUUUAGGCAAAAACUGAAAAUGCACCAUGUCUCAGAUUUGCUCUCACUGAGCAUGUAUUUACUCGUGUGCGGUGUUUUCGGUGCUGGUGCAGAUGAAGAGUCAGUGUCUGUGAUGGAGGGAGAUUCAGUCACACUAACAUAUCCUUUGAAAAAAGAAGAAGAAAUUAUAUGGUAUUUUAAUAACAGUCGCAUCGCUGAAAUCACUGGAGAUCAGAGUAAGAUCUGUACAGAUGAACAGUGUAAUGAGAGAUUCAGAGACAGACUGAAGCUGGAUCAUCAGACUGGAUCUCUGACCAUCACAAACACCAGAAACACUGACUCUGGACUUUAUGAUGUAUGGAUCUCCAGAAGAAACAGUGGCGAUGGAGGAUCCUACUCUGUUGUUGUUCAUGGUGUGUCUGGUGUUGAUGAAGACGAAGUGUCAUUCAUGGAGGGAGAUUCAGUCAUUCUACACACUGGUGUUGAAACAAACCAACAAGAGAAGAUUAAAUGGUAUUUUAAUGACAUUCGAAUAGCUCAAAUCACUGUAGAUCAGAGUAAGAUCUGUACAGAUGUUCAGUGUAAAGGUGGUGAUGAGAGAUUCAGAGACAGACUGAAGCUGGACAAACGGACUGGAUCUCUGACCAUCAUGAACAUCAGGACAUCAGAUGCUGGACUUUAUAAACUACAGAUCAUCAACAGCAGAAUGAGCAUCACGAAGAGAUUCAGGGCUACUGUCACUAGUGCGUCUAGUGUUGAUACAGAUGAAGUGCCAGUGACUGUGAAUGAGGGAGAUUCAGUCACUCUAAACACUGGUGUUACAACAAACCAACAAGAGAUUAAAUGGUAUUUUAUUUAUACUCGUAUAGCUCAAAUCAUUGGAAAUCUCAGUUAUAUCUGUACAGAUGUUCAGUGUGAUGAGAGAUUCAGAGACAGACUGAAGCUGGAUCAUCAGACUGGAUCUCUGACCAUCACAAACAUCUCAAACACAGACUCUGGAGAUUAUGAACUAGAGAUCAUCAGCAGCAGGAUCAGCAUCCUGAAAAGAUUCAGUGUUUCUGUUCAUGGUUCAUGCCCCCCCCUUCUUCUGGGAGAUUUAGGGGGGGCUGGAAGGGCUCGUGGCAUGGAGUGGGUUCGUGGGCUGGAGUGGGCUCGUGGGCUGCUGGGGCUGACUCGGGAACAACUGGAGCGGACUCGUUGGCAGCGGGAGCGGCGAAGGCUGGAGCGGGCUCGGCGAAGGCUGGAGCGGGGUCUGAAGACGGGGCCCAGGUCAUCCCCUCAUACUCAACCAGAAGCCCCACUGGCACUGGAGUGGGCGUUGCUAGGAGCGGCGGCUCAGGCUCGGAGGCAGACUUCACAGGGGACUUGGGCUGCUCGGCGGCAGAAUACAUUGGAGACUGGGGCUGCACGGAGGCAGAAUUCUCUGGAGACUGAGGCUGCUUAGCGGCCUUCUUUUUCGGCCAUCUGGGCCUAGCGGUGGACCUCUCUUUGGCGGGCUUGGGGUUUUGGUCCCACUGGAGGGGCAUGUGGGGGAAACUGGCAGUUGGCGAACUGGCCAGGCCGUUUGUAUUUCUGCGGGGACUGGACGAGGAAAACACGAUUCUUUUUGAACCUCUUCAAUUUCAAAAUCAGAACCAUUCAGGAAGAGAAUCAGAAUAAUUGUCUCGACUAGGGAAAAAAAACAUGCAGGUCCAGUAAAGCGAAUUGUGUCCUCGUCCAGACCCACCAGAAAACAAGCGUUAAGUGGGGCAUCUGGCCAGUUCACCAAGUAAUCAAGCUCAGAAGAUUCCUCCACAUACCUCUCCAGCGGGCGACUGUCCUGCCGAAAUCCCCAGAGACGAUCCACCGCUGAAGGGAGCUCCUUCCUGGGAGGAAGGCGCUGGCAGUUCCUUUCAGGAACAGGGACAAGGAAAAUGGCCAUUUUUUUAGUAGAAGUCCAGCGGUUUUGGUCCGUUCUUCUGUUACAGUUGCUUGUAGUGGAGAGAGCACAAACACAGUCUUCUACGUUUAUUAAACAAAGCAAGGCUACAACACAACAUUAACAACAACAAGAACGGACAGGGAGUGCUAGGAGUGAGUCCAACUUAUAGGGAGUGCUGACGAAGACUAGGGAUGCACCGAAUAUUCGGCCACCGAAAAUUUUCGGUCGAAAAUGGUCCAAAAGUACAUUUUCGGUUUUCGGCCGAAAGACUUUUAUCACCGAAACAAUACGGCCGAAAUGUUGUGAUGACGCAAACAGAAACUGCGACCUGCACGUGCUUGUCUGAAGCAUAUAGCGCAGAUCACGGGCUCCCGCGACAUUCACUUCACACCAGUGGGUCUUAAUAGAGAACAUUCUCUCUCUUCUUGCCCCCUUUGAGCAGCUAACUAAAGAGAUCAGCUCCUCUGAUGUAUCUGUAGCGGACGUUAUUCCUUUAAUCGCAGCUCUAAAGCGUCUCCUAAGCAAAGUGGCUGAGACGGACCACGGACUGAAAACAAUGAAAAGUACACUCUUAGAGUCUGUCAGCACACGUUUCACUGAGAUCUAUUCGGAUCCUCUGCACUUCAUCACGACUGUACUUGAUCCGCGUUAUAAAGACCAUUACUUGGAUGCGGAAAUAAAGCAGCGCGCACGAGAAAUGAUCCAGGCCACGAUGGUUGCGGAGAACCCGCGUGGAGACGGUGGCGCAGCAGCGGCCAGCGCAGGAGAAGGAGAUCAGAGCGCAGAAAAAAAGACUCGUCUCUCUGCACCAGAUGAGGGGCAUGCACCCUCGUCUGAUAUGUUCAGUGAACAGACUUCACUGUGAUAAAGCAGAGAAGCUACUCUUCAUCAAGAAAAACCUGCCACUUUACCUCAAGAAGUAGAAUGGGCUUUAUUUUAUACUGUGCAUUGUUGCAAUGUGCUAAAUAAAUAUUUGCAUAAUUUGUAAUUGAUUUAUUCUUUGAAACUUUAAUAUUAAUUUAUGCAAUUGCAAUGCCUUGAUUUUAGUAAAGUUAGUACACAGUCAUAGCCAUAAAUGCAAUGGUACUAAUAAUUGGCAUAAUUUCUUUCGGUGUUUCGGUUUUCGGCCUUGGUUUCCUCUUUUUCGGUUUUCGGUUUCGGCCAAGAAUUUUCAUUUCGGUGCAUCCCUAAUGAAGACAGCAGGUGCAGGAAAUCCAGGGAAUGGCGGGAAGCUGAUGAGGAAAGUGGGUUCAGGUGUGCAAACAAGGAGGAUCAUGGGAACUGGAGUCCAGGACAGAGGGGAACUGUGACAGUAAAGGAUUCUAUGGUCCAGUUAGUAUUUUCACCCCAUUAUGGGGGCCACGCUACCGGAGCGCCAUCUAGUGGCUGUUACCCAAAAAGUAUCAGAGUGUCUCCUCUUGGGUUCUAUACUCUUUGCUCUGCAGGACAGUGGCCCUCCAGGACCUCGCUCUAAUGUGAUUCUUUUGUUUAUAUGCAUGUUUGACUCAUUACUGUGCAUUCACACCGCCGCCGGUGAGAGCGUCAAAAUUCGCCUUGACUGCCCUGUGCGUUCAAACCGGUGCUGGCGGGAGGGUCAAAGUAUAUGACAAGUUGUGGCAACCAAUCGAAAUCCUCUCAAGCGAGGACCUCUACACUGCGAUAGGUUGCCCCUGAACCGCGUCAUAGCUCAUUACCAUAAAGUUGACCUGCCGGCUCUCAUUGAAAAUGAAUGACUUCCUGUCACUUUGACGCUCGGCGGCGGUGUGAAUGCACAAGUGGGCGUGUUUUCAGUGCCGACACACCCCCAGCGUUUGAGAGCAGAGAAUAUACUGCUUAUUUUUUUGAGAUUUUCAUAACUUAUUUCAUUUACUCGCCGAUUUUUUUUUUUAGUUUUUUUUUUUUUUUUUAAUCAUUCAAAUUUGACUGGGUGGUUAAUAACACAUUUUUCUGUAGUGUGACAAACUCAGAACACAUACUUUAAUAUGGCUUUGCAGGGACUUUAACUUUAUUUUAUUUAUCCGCUAUAUUGACGAGAAUGUUUUGAAGGAUAUGGUUUACUUAUGACCUUUUUGUGCGCUUAAGAGGCUGUUGUGUCGACCUUCAGUUUUAUAUUGAUUUUAGGAAAUAAAUGUUAUUGCUCUCCUCACAAAUCAACUGUUUCUUAUUUUCACUGGCAUGUCUCUCAGGUGUCGAGGACUAGAGCAUCUUUGAGCCUACAUUCAGUAUGAGUAAAAUACUUAAGUACUAUUAAAAUCAGAUUUUUAGACUUUUACUCAAGCCGCAUUGGAAUUGGUGACUUGUAACUUUUAAUGGAAUAAUUUUUGCUGCAAGAUAUCUGUACUUUUACUCAAGUAUGGUUUUCAGGUACUCUUUACACCUCAGCUGUGUUACCACUAGCUGCUCUAGUGAGGAUAUAAACAUGGUGGACUGUGUGCCGCCCACUUUAAAGGAGGCAUCUAUGCUAAUAGGGCACACUCCAUCACCAGCUGUAAGCAGGGUCUAACCCUUUGUGUUACAUCAUAAAAGAUGGUAGACAUCGCUUCUCUAGUUGCCCAUCAACUGAAAAUUUUGCCAUCGUAUAUUAUAUGCGGAGUUGUGCUGCAGUAAAAAUAGCAACAGGUAGCGUCAGUAGCUCACCCAGUGCAACCAUUUGCUGUCAUCAACUUAGAAUGCACUGUGCACCUAAACAAAAUGGCGCCCCCCAUUGUCCAAAAUAUGUAAUGGAUUUUUUAAAUAACACAAAUCUUUCAUGGGUUUUCUACUACAUAUUUCAGUAAGAGACAACAUUUAUGUUAUAAUAAGCCAUACAAGUCUUAAUACCAGGGGUUCCCUUUAAAGUGGAAUUUGUAGAAUUAAAGGUGGGGUAUCCGAACUACACUGUUUGGAAGUUAGUCGGGCUGAUACCAACAAUAAAUGUCUAACCAAUCAGCAUUAGGGGGCAUAUGAUGGAUGAGGAGACAGAAUGAGCAAGAGGGAGAUUUGAAAAGAAAAAAAAAUGCAGAAAGAGAAAUGAGACAUUACAAAAGAGCUCAAAAGAAUAUCACUGGAAUAAAGGUUUAUGACUGGGACCCGCAUUAAUAUUAGAAAAGCUUUCCAGCACUGGAGAGAGCUGAGCGGGAAGGCCUGAAAACAGAUGCGGAGGCUGCUUUGAUCCCGCUCAUGUGAGCACACUGGGUUUUGAUUGUCUGGAGCUGCUGUGCUGUUUGCGACUAACAACGAACACUUUGUAUUGUGUACUGUAUGUUCAUUUUUUGUGCUUUAUUGUUGUUCGUUCAUCAACUGUGCUUUAUUUUCCGUGAAGCAUUUUGUUGCGCAUCAGCUGUGAUAAACAGACAUCCAUUCUCGUAUCGCGUGUGUAACAGUGGCCAGAUAGUGAGAGUUCUGCAGUUAAACCACUGCACACUGAUGACCGCUAGAGAAUGAGGUAUUUAGCGUCAUUGUUAGUGCACUCGCCUCACCUGCCAACAGCAGACAGGCCGGGGUUCAAGACUGACUUGGAGCAGGGUGGUUAGGAUUGGAGAAUGAGUUUUGGAGGUGGAGCAAUGAAGAGAGGGGUGGGUUUGUUUGGGUUGAUUUCAAAUAUCAACAAUGUCCAACAGCGUGCUGAAAAAAAUGAUACCCCACCUUUAACAAAUUUAUUUCAGUAUGAUUUUAAACCAAUUUUUUUCCCAUUAAGUUGUUUUAUCAGUUUGUUCAGAUGAAGAUGACAGUUCUCAUCAAACAAUCUCUGAUCACCUUUUUUUAUCAUCUGUUUAAAGGUACAUUUAGCGAUUUCUGAGAAACUGUUGAAAGUGGAUCAGACCCAGCAGCACAAUGCACUUGUAGACAAUCAGCAGUAGGGGGCAUGUCCUCAUGAUGGUGAAGGAGAGAGUUUGUGGGCAUGUCCUCUCAUCAUGGGGAGAAGAAUGAGCCAAUCAGCAGUAGGGGGCGUGUCCACUCAUGAUGGGGGAGGAGAGAGCCAAUCAAUGGUAGUGGGCGUGUCCCCUCAUGAUGAGGAAGGAGAGAGAGAGAGAGAGAGAGAGAGAGUAAGUGAGUGUGUCCUCUCAACAAGGUUGUGAAGAGAGCCAAUGAAGGGAGGGGAGUGUUUAGUUUGAUUUCAAAUGUUUCUCAGAAAUUGCUUACUGCACCUCUAAAUGCAUCUGUUAUUUCAUUCUGUUCUUUUUUUUAGUUCAUUAGGAAUCCAAACUG